AUGGCGCCUAAACUGGUUUCUUGGCCUUUACCAAGUUGCCAAUUGGUCGAUUCAUGCUACCACUUUAAGCCAAGAAACAACUUAUAUUCACCAAUGGUCACAUUCUUCGGCAAACUAAGUUGUAAAUUUCAUACCUCUGUUAAUUUUCGUGGAGGAAUUCGUCAGUCAUCUGAGCUACUAUAUGGAAUUCACCCUGUCUUGUGUGCUCUUACGUUUCGUCAUCGCGAUAUUUACCGGCUAUACGUCAAAGACGUAUUGAGCAACUGCAAAGAUCCCGACAAUCUCGUAGAGAUAUCAGCAUCUCAAAUAACCGAGAAAGCACUCAAAUAUGGCAUACCAGUAACUCGAGUACCAGUCGAAAAGCUCAAAGAACUAAGUAAUUCAAGAGCCCAUCAGGGUGUAAUACUUGAAGUUUCUCCUACCACCAUACAAUCUGUUUCAGACUCGUCGAUUAAAAAUUUGUUAUUUUCUUGGAAUAAUUUAUCAGGCUGUUUACCAUACGCAAAAAAGUAUCAUAGACCUACUGUUCUACUUGUGGAUCAUAUGAUGGAUAUCAUGAAUUUUGGGAACAUAUUGCGUUCAGCAGCAUUCUUUGGUAUAUCUGCGGUCAUACUAUCUACUUCUCCGUGUGUCAGCCCAUCACCUCUAAUAAGCAAAAUUAGUGUUGGCGCAAUGGAAAGUAUCUUAUUUUAUAGGUUAACUGAUACAGUAAUGGAUAUGAAAUCCUUAUCAAAUGCUGGGUUUUUGAUAGUUGGUACUUGCGGGGAAAGUCAACUUCCAUCAACUAAAGCUUCCAAAUCUACAAAUUUUCUGAAACCCGAUGAGGUGGGCGCUAAUGAUGACAAUAACACUGGAGUUUACCCUAGACCUCUGGUUUUAGCCCUGGGAAGUGAAUCACGGGGUCUCAGCGAAAAUAUUUUAAAUGCUUGCGAUUUAUUACUACGUAUACCAGGCUUUGGAGAUUCAACCAAAUUAAAUCAAUGUCUAUCACAAAGUAUUACAUCAUCUUUAAAUGUAUCCGUUGCUGCUGCCUACAAAGAGAUUAUGAAAAGUGAACAAACUGGUGAAGUUUUGCUCCCACCGUCUGCUUUUCUUAUCUCAAAUCCUAAUCAUUUCAAUUGCCCUCAGGAUGUGAACAAUGAUGCUGAACGCACUAAUUCGGCAAUAAGCAAUAAGAGCACUAGAAAAUUGUCAAUAAGCUCGAUUAUUUCUAAACUAAAUAAGAAUUCAGCUGAUUUAAACGAUGAUGGUCACUUUGAUCGAAUCAAUUCAGAAGACAUACAAUUCAAUUACACCAACAAAUUUGUUAAUGAACUGAAACAAGAAAAUGAAUAUCUUUUACGAAGUCAGACGAAAGCUUUAGACGAAUUGAACAAAAUACGAGGAUACAUUGGAUUGGGUAGAGUUUCAUCUAAAAUUACAUUUAAGGAAGAUUCUCUUGAACAACAUAAAUGUAUUUGCGAUACAGAAUUACUGGAAAAGCUGAAAUAUUUGGAGAAUAAAAAUUCUGAGUUAAAUCUGCAACUUGAACAAAUGAAUAAUCGAAUGAGUAGUUUGGAGACAGUUUUAGAAAUUCAAGAAAAACAGUUGUCCAGAGAAAGUGGUAAUGAAGUGUUACCUAUUAAUAAUAAGUCUGGAAAAGUGGAAAAUUUACUUUGCACAUGGCGUAAACAUGUUUUACGCUUACUUAUUGAAGUAGAAAAUCUUAAGUCUGAAAAUUCUCAUACUGUAACUAAAUCAAAGUGUGCCUAUGAAAAGCUACUUUCAGAAUUUGAAUCUUUAAAAGCAACUUUAGAAGCAACUGAAUUUAAACUGAAAGCUAGCGAUUCUGCACUGAACGUAGAACGUAAUAAAAGACAGGGAUUCGAGAAAGAUUUGGAAAGUUUACACGCAAAAUUAGCAAUGACUCAAUCAAAUUUAAUAGAAUCUCGUGAGAAUUACAAGAAAUUCGCUUUAAAUACGAAACAAAAUCUUGAUCAAAUUGUAAAAGCUAUACAAACGUUUAUGAAUUGGCCAGAAUCCGGUUCACUGAGUCAACAAACUCCAAUAACAAUAUGUUCAGUUUUUCGUCGUUUAAGACAUUUAGAAAGGCGUUUAGAAUUUGCUAACUCUCGUCUUCCCGUUUUACGCACUCGUUUAUUGUUAUCGUCAUCAUUAUUACACCGGAAAGCAGAUGUAGACCAGUCAACGCAAGUCAGCUACGAAUUAAAACAUUGGAUUGGUGAUAUUUUAUCAGAAUCAGAGAAAGAAGAGAUCAUUUCUCAGGCUCAAACCGAGGCCCUUAGGGCUAUAAAAGAGCGUGACCGAGCAUUAGAACAGUUAUCCGAUUAUGUUAAAUCAUUUGAUAAUCGUGUUCAAGAUGCUGAGAAAGCAGUUGAAAAAGAAUUAUCAGAACUUCGGGAAGCAAACAGAAUUUUGAAUUUAUCUUUACAUGAUGAACAAAAGAAAUUAAAAGAAUGUUCAGAUCAAUUAAAAAGUGAAAAACUAACUAAUAAUGAUCUCGAACAAAAGUAUACAGAUGAAAUUGGACAUUUAAAAACUCAACUCUCUGAAACGGAUAUGAAGCUUACCAAAGCUUUAACGGAACUACGUCGGGCUGAACGCCGUGUAGAUCGAGAAAUUAAUGAAAGAAAGUUACAGAUCAAUAGUAUUGAGAAUACCUACAAAUCCAAAAUUCAAACUCUAGAGAAUGCACUUCAUUCGUUUUAUCCAGAACCUUAUCACUGCUAUGGUAACAAUACAGCGAAGUCACCAAAUGUUAUUCAAAAAAUGACGAGUCCAAUAGUACCUACAUUUGCAAGCCAUAUUGAUCUCAAUGAAUCAAUUCGUAAACUUGACCACCUUGCUGAUCGACUAAAUAGCGAUUUGUCAAGCGAUUCAGAUGCUGAAAAAGAUGUUGAACAGUGACUUGUAGAAAUGUGAAGGCUGUAUAUAUUUUCAUAUUUUAGUUUGUCUUCACCGUGAUACACUACACUAAAGGUAUGCUAAUAUAAGAAAUGUUGAUAUACAUAUAACAAGCAGAAAAUUCUUCAAAUGUAAUUCCUAUUUAUGAAGUUUUUGAUAGUGUACCAAUCAGAAAUCGCCAAAUGAUAAGUGCAUGUGGUUGACCAACAAAUGGCUUUAUUUUUCAAGGAAUAAAAUAUAAACCACUGAUAGCUUUGAUUUCCAAAAGAACAAAUCAAUAAAUGGGUUCACAUACAAUCCAUUCAGUUUAGUUAAAUAAACUUUCUUCCUCG